GGAGAAAGUUGUAAGUUUCAUACAGGUAUCUCACCACUGCACUACGACUAACGUUCUAUAGUUGAUACUAUUGCUCCACCUUGGAGCGGAUCCGAUGAGCCUGUCGACGGAACACCACAUUGGAUCCAGGUUCGCUCCCGCACGCCCAACCCCUCAAACUUUUAAAGUGGAGCGUCUACGGAUUCUCAACAUCCUAGCCAAACACGGAGUGGACCUCAACUGGUCCACGCCAGAGACUGGCAAUUUGCUCCACUACGCAGCCAAGACCUCGCAGUUCCCAAUCGUAGAGACACUACUCCGACUAGGGGUCAAUCCUGACAUUGGAGGACCCGACGACACCUGGAAUCCUCUCCAUUGCGCGUACUUCACCUCUCUUUCCGGAGGCUGCUUCCAGACCGCAGAUGUUCUUUUACGUGGAGGUGCGAAUCCUGACGUCUUGCAUCCCAACGGUGACCACUCGUUGCACAAGCUCAUCGACUUAACGCAGUGCUCCUCGAAGAUCUUCCAGGAACUUCUUCCCUACUGUAGGAAUAUCAACGUCCGCAAUUCUCGAGGUCAAACCCCACUCCAUCUCCUCAUGGCACGCCGUUCACGGAAGCUUGCAUGGGCGAGGAUCCUGAUUGAGGCCGGAGCGGAUGUAACGUUGAAAGACAAUAGCGGAAAGGACAUCGUGGACGUCGCGCUUCAGACCGACGGAGGGCUUCAGGGGCCGUCGUCUCCCAAGGGAAAGGUGUCUCCCAAGGGAAAGGUGACUCCCAACGUAAAACCGUCUCCUAAGAGUAAAGCAACUCCCAAGAGCAAAGUUUCUUCUCCAAACAAGACUCUGCUCUACCUCCGCCUAAACUUCCUCGCCGACAUGGGGCUCAAGUUCGGAAAGCCGGAGCUUAUCCCCGCACAAGCAGUCUACGACCAGAUCCACGCCGAAAUGGUGUACAGCCAGCAGAAACUUGAGCAAGAACUCGAGUCUGACUUCGAGGACAAAGAUGCGCUGGACGACUGUGGCCGGGGCUUAUCCGAGGAGACUUUGGAAGUCUUCUUGAACAUCAAAGAUGCGCUUGAAAAGCUUCUCGAUAGGGGAGGAGAGAUGGGAGCGAAGUUCCGCCGCUUUUGGGAAAUUCAUCAUUGGGAGAUCUCUCUGCAUUUCAUUACUCCGUAUGUGGGUUACAAGCGAAGUCCCCAUGAAUGGAACAUGUUGCGGACGUCUCGGCCUUGGAUGACUGACUUUCUUUAGGAGUGGUAGAUCGGGCAGCAUUGUUGCGUUGGCGGUCUGAGUUCAUUUCGAUAUUCUUCACCGUAAUGGCCACAAAGCGGCUCCGAGGAGGCCUAGUCAGGCUGCUGAAACUGGUUCUUAAUUUAUCUUUCGGUGAGUAGGGUAUUAGGGUAGAAAUGAGAUUGUGAAGAACGAUGGAAGAUUGCAAUAUUACUAGCUCAAACUAUACUCCGACGCCC